UGAAGCGUUAAAAAUUAUGCAAAGUCAAUAAUUAAUAAUGAACUCGACUACAUCAAUGCAUGCUAGGAUAGUAAAAUUAUUGUGGGCUGGUCGUAUGAGUUAUAAAGCUGGUCUUCAUUUGCAACAAACUCUUGUAGAUCACCACCUCAACUCUAAUUCUAAUGAUCAUAAUAAUACUUUAGUUGUAAUAGAGCAUGAUCCAGUUUAUACAAUUGGAAUUCGUGAUAGAGAUUAUACUGAUGAUGAAAUUGCAAAGUUAAAAAGCAAAGGUGCUGAUUUUUUUAAAACAAAUCGAGGUGGAUUGAUCACAUUUCAUGGCCCAGGACAAUUAGUAGCCUAUCCUAUACUUAAUUUAAAAGAAUUUAAACCAAGUGUGAAGUGGUAUGUGUGUCAAAUUGAAAAGAUGAUAAUAAGACUUUGUGCAGAGUUAGGAAUCAAAGGUGAAACAUCACCUCAUACUGGAGUUUGGGUUAAUGAUAAAAAAAUUUGUGCUAUUGGAAUUCAUGGUAAACGUUACAUCACUAGUCAUGGUCUUGCAUUAAAUUGUAAUACUGAUCUUGAAUGGUUUAAUCAUAUUGUGCCUUGUGGUAUUGAAGGGAAAGAAGUGACAAGUAUCAGCAAAGAGUUGAAUGCAGAUGUAACUAUUAAUGACAUAAUUCCUAUAUUUAAGAACGCAUUUACUGACCAAUUUCAGUGUAAACUUGUAGACUAUCCACCAAAAGAAGCUUCAGAAAUACUAAGAGCUUCUGUAAAUGCUACAAAAAAAAAGUUAAUAAUUGAUAAUAAUUUAAUUUAAUAUUAUCUUUAAUUUUUUAUUCUUGCAUAUUUUUUUUUUUUUUUGACACUUAAAAAUAAAAUUCUAUUCUUGAUUGAUUUAUAACGUUUAAUUAAUUCAAUUUAUAUGGUAACUUUAUAUACUAAAAAUCACAGCCUAAUUAAGGCCAAGCACUAUUGAAAUAAAUACUAAAUUUUUUGUUUAAAAAAAAAUAUAAACAUCUUUUUUUUUU